AUGAAGCUGAAGCGCGCGAGAGCAAAAACGGGGCGAGAGAGAGAGAGAGCGCGUGAGGGGUAAAUAAUACAGACCCUCACUCUUUAUAACGCAUGUUUGGAAACUUCUUACAGCCAUGAGACCUCCGAAAGACUCCCAGAGUUCCGCUGCACUUCUUAUACUUAUAUUUUCAGUGAUAAACACCUGCGCGAGCCGAACGCUUUAUGGAAAAAGACGAAGAGCCGUUUCACCUGAGAGUGGAUUCGGGGCGAGGGAGCGUUUUCAGAUCGUUACACAACACAAUCGACUGCGCGGUCGGGUCGAGCCCAUGGCGGCCAACAUGCAGAAAAUGGAGUGGAGUGACUCUCUGGCUACGCUGGCUCAGAUAAAGGCCGAGUUCUGUUCAGAGAACAGCACCGGAUCCGAAGCGGACACUGAGCACAUCGGCUGGAACGUCCAUCGGUCUCCUCGUGGCGUAGCCUCGUACUCUGACAUCAUCAACACGUGGUUCCAGGAAGGGCAUCACUACGUCUAUCAAAACGGGCGCUGCAAAAGCAACCACACCUGCAAGCGUUACACACAGCUGGUGUGGGCUACGUCCAGUCAGGUGGGCUGUGCAUUGCAUCUGUGUAGAGUUGGGGUCAAAAUCUGGGACAUGUUCGUGUGUGCAUACUUUCCAGGGGGGAACUGGGAGGUGAACGGCCAGGAGUUGAUACCCUAUAGGUCAGGAGUGUACUGCUCACUCUGCACGGCCUCCAUGUCGGGGUGUUUGCGGCUCUGGGAUCACGUUGGAGGCUUGUGUGAGACGCCUCGAAACCCGUGCCGUAUGAGUUGUGGACAGUACGGACAGCUGAAUGUGUCUUCCUGCCAGUGUCAGUGUAGGCGUGGAUUCACAGGCCGGUUCUGUCAGGUGCGCUGUAGUGUACAGUGUGUUCAUGGACACUAUAAGGAGGAAGAGUGCUCCUGUCUCUGUGAUGUCGGUUAUGGAGGAGCGGAGUGUUCAGAGAAGCUGAGUUUCCCUCAUCACAGCUGUGACAUGCAGAUAGACGGUAAAUGUUUCAUGGUGUCCUCUGAAGCUGAGACGUAUUACACGGCCAAGCUGCGCUGUCACGAAAGAGGAGGAAUUCUGGCUGAAGUGCGCAAUCAGAAGGUCCAGGACAUCAUGACCUUUUACCUCGGGCAGCUGGAGAACACCAACGAGGUCAUGGACACUGACUUUGAGACGCGCAACUUCUGGAUAGGUUUGACAUAUAAACCGCUGAAAGAUUCGUUCCGCUGGGACACUGGAGAAGUGGCCACUUUCACCAGCUUUGCUUUCGGACAGCCGGACAAUCAGGGCUUUGGGAAUUGUGUCGAACUGCAAGCGUCCAGCGCCUUCAACUGGAACGACCAGCGCUGUAAAACACGCAACAGAUACAUCUGCCAGUUCGGUCCAGAGCACAUUGCUCUGUGGGAGUUUGGCCGAUGAGAGCCGAGCUUCGUGACUGCUGCAGAAGAUUAAUGAUCCACGGCUGCUCUUCUUCUUCUGCCUGGAUUACGUGGUUGAGGCUCAGAUGUAGGAUGCCUGAUCGAUGCAGCCAGAAUCGCAUAAGGAAUAAAACACAUCAGGACAUGCCGCUGGAGGAAAAUAAUCCAUGAUGUCGUGGUGCGACGCGGCCUGACGUGCAGCCGAGUCCCGACGUCGUCGUGUCCUGAAGUGUUUUAUUUCUUCUUCCACAUCAGCGACAUGCUAGAGAAUUUUUAUUUAUUAAACAUCAUUUUGUAAGAGAUUUUUAUUUGUUCAUAUGUUUGAAUUUUAUUUCUCUGUUAAAUUUCUUUGCUCUGAAUAUGGCGGCACCCGGAUAUGACAUCACACGUGUUUUUUUCUUUCAUCCACAAAUCCGACGUGCGUGUACUGUUGUUGCUACGGCGACGAAAGCAUCUGCAAUGAACAAGACUUUGGGUUAAGGCUCAAGGUUGUUGAUCGGAAGAUCGGGGUUCAAGAAUUUCACUGUGCUGUAAUGUACACCGGUCAGGCAUAACAUUAUGACCGCCUGCCUAAUAUUGUGUUGGUCCUGCCUUUGCUGCCAAAACAGCCCUGACCCAUCCUGCACUGUGUAUUCUGACCCCUUUCUAUCAGAACCAGCAUUAACAUCUUCAGCAAUCUGAGCAACAGUAGCUCAUCUGUUGGAUUGGAUCACACGGGCCAGACUUUGCUCCCCACGUCCAUCAGUGAGCCUUGACCCUGUCUCUGGUUCACCACUGUUCCUUCCUUGGACCACUUUUGAUAGAUACUGACCACUGCAGACCGGGAACACCCCACAAGAGCUGCAGUUUUGGAGAUGCUCUGAUCCAGUGGUCUAGCCAUCACAAUUUGGUCCACAAUUUGCCAUGAUGAGGAGAUAACCACGGUUAUUCACUUCACUGGUAAGUGGUCAUAAUGUUAUGCCUGAUCGGUGUACAUGUAGUAGAAAUGAGUGUGUCUCUGUAUACUGGGUGUAACAGUCAAGCACCAGGCACUAGAAAUACCGCUUAAUCUGUUUUUAGCUCAGAUUAGAUUAGAUUAGAUUAGAUUAGAUUAGAUUAGAUUAGAUUAGAUUAGAUUAGAUUAGAUUAGAUUAGAUUAGAUUAGAUUAGAUUAGAUUAUUGAGGUUUAGUGUGAUUCUAGCAAUAUACAGUAGAACAAAUUAGCUUUCUCUAAGGCUUUGGGGCAGCGUGACAGAAAGUGACCUCACCUGAAAACAUGCAGUGUUUUAGGAAGUGGACAACAGUGAGGAAGGCAAUAAGAUGAUAUUGAGCAAGAAUCUGUACAAUAGGGAUAAUAUGAUAAACACACACACACACACACACGACAAAACUGCAGAUGUCGCUAUGAAAUCACUGUAUAAUCAGGUUUAGUUCUGUUUAAAAAAAGGAACCAGCGACGAACUGAAGCAAAGCAUGAUUCCUGGUCAGGGUCGGCUGAUGGACUCACGUUCAAGCAGCUAUAAACUGACCUUCCUUCAUCAGCUUCUCUUUUAUUCUCUCUCUCUUUUAACGUUAAUAAGUCAAACAACACACACGUCUGUUAGACUGUUACAGAGCACUGACACUGGAGACUCCUUCCAUAAAUGUUCAAUAAACAUCUUCUUACAGAAAACUUUACCAUAUUAAUAACUAGACACUGUUCUCUCUCUCUCUCUCUCUCUCUCUCUCUUUCUCUCUCACACACACACACACACAAAUUAAGACUUUAAAGUCUGUCCAAAAAGAUUUUGUGUCCUUGAAUUUGUAGAGUUUUUUGAAGAUUUGUGUGCUUUUAUAACAGAUUACUGUUUAGGGAGAAGCUUCAUGCUGAGGUGACCUGCACCACAGGACUGUGAGUGGAUUAUACACACACACACACUCACACGUUCUCUCUCUCUCUCUCUCUCUCUCUCUCUCUCUCUUGCUUCUUGAACCCCUUAUCCCGACCCACGUCCUUCUCUUGAAGUCUCUGUCUUACUGUAGCUUGAUGUUACCUUCACACACACACACACACACACACACAAACCCUUCAGUCAUUCAAUCCACCUGUAAUUAUGUAUUUAACUUCUACAGUCCUCUAAAG